AUGAGUCUCGGAGUGAGACUACCAGGUAGCUCCCGCGCUGAGCAUGCCGCAGACGACAGCGAGGAACCUCCACCACUGAACCCCCUCGCACCCAAGCAGAAGGUCAACCCAAGCAGUGCUUCUGUAGCAUCCAGAUCCCGGCCCGCAAGUUUUACACCCCUUCAGCUAGGAGGAACCAAUUCCCCAAGCUCCAGUUCCCUCGCCGAUUCUGAACCCACUCGUGACAGCACCAUCUCGGGAACAGACGCUGUACGAGACCUCAAAGCUGAGAUAUUGUCAAACUGGCUACACACAAAGCAAGAAGAGCGAGUAUGGACAUUCGGUGGGCCUGGCGAAGGUGUCUUCAUGAAAAGGGCAAAAGGAAGUUACGCAUGUGCGCCCCAUGGAGUCCAAAAUGACGGCACAGGCCUCUAUCAAGCGGUCACUGAGUUGAAUGUUCGGUGCGCCAUAACUGUCAAUACUAGAGUCAUCAAGUAUAUCCUAGAGCGCACCACGGUUUCCUAUGUUCAGAUUCAAUCCGGUCUACGUCUCCAGGUCAUUCCUGACUUCGAAGCUCUCCCAUUCUGCCAAAGGGGCCAGUCAGCUGCGUUCAUUGCCUCUCGUGGCAUGUUGGUCGUGUGGCAAGAUGACCCCAAGCUGUUGCUCGAAAGGGCAGAGUUCAUCAUCAAUGCCCUGAUGAGAAUGAUGUGUGGAUCUGAAUACGGUUACGACGCCCAAGAUGUUGAGCUAGAAAAAGUCCUCGGCAAGAACCCCAUGGUCGAUGUUGAAGAAUACGAUGAAGUUUUUGAUCCUACUGGCGGUAGAGAUGAGGGCCCACGCGAUAUCAAACUUUGGCAAUCGGCUUACUGUGGAAUGUCCAUCUUGCUGCUAACGACCGCUAUCGGAUCUGGAUGGAGGCAGAUCGCCAUUCAGGAAGUUCAGGCUUAUGACAUGCUUCGAAUGCUUUUCUUGGUCUGCUUACCUGCCCAGGUUUGGCUUUCACUGUUCUUCUUUCAAGCUGUAGUCGGCAACGUCGCACAAAUCGUUGGUCCCACCGACCAGAUGAACGAAAACAGCAGAUACUACUCUGGAAAAGCGCCUAAACGCAUUCAUCGUGAUACUUUCGGUGCCCCACUUCCACAUGUCACCGUUCAGAUGCCUGUAUAUAAGGAAGGUCUACGUACCGUCAUCGAACCGACCGUUCGUUCAAUCAAGCAAGCCAUCUCUACCUACGAGUUGCAAGGAGGAAGUGCAAACAUCUUCAUCAAUGAUGACGGCAUGCAACUUCUCUCGGCUGAAGACGCUCAAGAUCGUCAAGAGUUUUACGAUGAGCACGGCAUUGGUUGGGUUGCCCGACCUCGGCACGACCCUAAGGGUGAACAUGGAAUCAAGCCUUUCAUUCGCCCCGGUAAAUUCAAGAAGGCUUCCAACAUGAACUACGGACUUCGCAUCAGCUGCAGAGUCGAGGACAUCUUGAAACAGACUCCGCGCGGUGAGGGCUGGACCCAGCUCGACGAGAACAUUGCCUACAAGGAGGCCAUGGAGGCGGCCAUGGCUGAGCAUGUAGGCGAAGCCUGGGCAGACGGAAACAUUCGCAUUGGCGACUACAUUCUCUUGGUUGACUCUGAUACCCGUGUUCCCAAGGAUUGUCUGCUAGAGGCUGUCAGCGAGAUGGAGCAGAGCCCUGAAGUCGCCAUUCUCCAGUAUUCUUCCGGAGUCAUGAACGUUACCAACAACUUCUUUGAAAAGGGCAUCACGUUCUUUACUAACAUGAUUUACACUAUGAUCCGCUUCGCCGUCGCUGGUGGCGAUGUAGCGCCUUUCGUCGGACACAACGCUAUUCUGCGUUGGGAGGCAGUUCAAAAGAUUGCCUACAAGUUCAAAGAGGAGGAUAAUACGACUUACGACAAGUUCUGGUCCGAGGAAACCGUUUCUGAGGACUUUGAUAUGAGUUUGCGACUUCAGAGUGCUGGCUACAUUAUUCGAUUGGCUUCGUACAAGGGCGAUGGUUUCAAGGAGGGUGUCUCGAUUACGGUCUACGACGAGCUUGCUCGAUGGGAAAAGUACGCUUACGGAUGUAAUGAGCUUAUCUUCAACCCCUUCAUCAAGUGGUUUACCAAAGGUCCUUUCACCAAGCUCUUCCGAACGUUCCUCCGAUCAAAUAUGCCACUGGCGUCAAAAAUUACUAUCAUGGCCUACAUCGGUACAUACUACGCUCUCGGUUGUUCCUGGAUUCUCACCAUGCUCAACUACUUCCUCAUUGGUUUCUUCAACGGAUUCCUCGACCACUACUAUAUCAAUUCUUUCCGCGUCUACUUCGCCAUCGUCCUCAUCUUCACCGUCCUCGGCAACAUCUCCCUCGCCGUCCUCCGCUACCGCAUCGGCGAAGGCUCCAUUCUCGGCGGCUUCCUCACCAACCUCAAAUGGAUCCCUCUCCUCACUAUCUUCCUAGGCGGCAUAUCCCUCCACAUCUCACAGGCUCUCAUCUGCCACUUCCUCAGCAUUCCGCUUGAAUGGGGGUCUACAUCCAAGGAGUCCGAGCACGUUUCUUUCUUCGUCGCCAUCAGCAAGGUCCUCAGGCGUUUCAAAUGGAGCUUCAUGUUUUGCUUUACCAUGACAGCUGUCAUGAUUACAAUGUCGUUUGCGCUGCCAGAGGAUUGGCAAAUUAGGACACUGAUUGCAGUUUGGCCUAUGGGUACGAUUAUUGUUAGCCACUUUUUGCUGCCAAUCGUACUCAAUCCGCAGUUGAUGACAUUUACCUGGUAA